AUGCAAACGGUCACCGGCGGAAGAAAUCCGGAAACCGAGAUGCUUAAAAUGAAGCUUCAAACUAGAGAUGAAGAAAUACAAAAAUUACAUAGCUUAUUUGAAGAGCUUUCCACACAAUUUUCAUUACAAGCAAAUGAGUUACAUCAGGAGACAGAAGCACGCGAAAAUCUCGUUAUUGCUAUUCAUAAACUCAAUCAAAUGAAUCAAUAUCUCUCAGAUCAAUUCAAAGUUAUUUCAGCCAAUUAUUCAAAUGCCAAAAACGAAAAUAUUCAACUUAAAGGACAGAUAGACAAUUUAAAGCCUACAGUCCAACUUGUUGAGGAUAUGAAAAACCUCGAGUCAGCAAUUUUAGAUAUACUACCCGUAGAAACUCAGAAAAUAAUAAAACCUAUUAUUGAAAAUUCAGAAAAGACGUACCCAUUUCGAGUCAUUGAAACAAUUUCUGCUUUAUCUGAGUAUUACAAUAAUUGUCAAAAUUCUCCUUCAGAGGCCCAAACAAGCAGUUCACCAAGCAAUAUUUACAACCAACAAAAAAUGCUUGAAAUUAUCUCAGCUAAUCUUCGAUUCAUCAAUAGUCUUAUUGAUUCAAAAGAAAAAGCACAAUGGUUAAUCAAGCCAUUCAACUUUGAUGACUACAGAAAGGUUCUUAUGGAACAAUCUUCAAGAAUCACAUCAUAUAUGAAGGAAAACAACAUUACUCCAGUUGAUGAAAAAACAUUAUUUGAUUCUUUACUACUUGACAUCGAUCCAAUUCAAUCACAAAGCGAUAUUUCGCAAUACUUAGAACAACUUUCUCCAGAGAAUAUGUCAGAAGGUGAAUUAACUCUUUUCCAUUUACUUGCUCAAGCAAUUUCUGCAAAUUUCGCUCUAAGAAAGUACAGUAAUGAAUGCAGAAACCAAUGCGCACAUCAGGUAUCCGAGAUAAAGCAAUUAAGGUUCGAUCUUGCAAACAAUCGCGAUCAAAAUAGAUAUCAAAAUGAUGAUGAAGUGAUUGAACUCGAAAAUAAGCUUGAUGCUGAACGCGAAGAGAACCAGAAACUAUUACUCAAGAUCAAAUCCCUUAAGAAUAUGCUUAUUAAGGCACAAGCUAAAAAUAAUCUUGAUAAUUUUGAAGAAAUGAUCCAAACAAUUGAUGGUUGUGAGGAAUGUUCAGAUCACAGUAAGUCUGUAAUAGAUGCAUUAGAAGGAAAAGCCUUAGAACUUGAUCAAGCCAGGGAAUUAUGCAAUACUCUAGAAAAAGAGAAGCAAUCAAUACAAAAUGAGUUAAAUUCUCUUAAACAAGAUAAGUCAAAGUCAGAACCCGACUAUCUUACUAGAAUCAACGAACUUAAAAUAAGUAUUUCAGAAUUAACAACUGAAGCUACACAAACAACACAAAAAAUGAAGGAAGCACUGGCUAAAAAAGAAGAUGAGAAUGCAGAACUUCAACAAAAACUCUUAGAACUUGAAGAAAAUGAUGAAAAAAUCAGAUCUAACGUUAAUGCACUGGAUAAUGAGAUAAAGAAACUCAGAAAAGAAAAGAAAUCCAUUGAAGAAAGCUAUUCUGACUACAAAGAAGCGGCAGCAGCAACUUUGACAAAGAUUAUUGAGAAAUCAAAAGUCAGAAUUGCUAAAAUGAAGCAAGAAAAAGAGAAAUUCGCUGGAGAAGUCAAGAAUCUUGAAGAAAAAUUAGUCGAUCUUCAUGAUUACAGCGAAAAAGCCAUUUCUCAGAAAUCUCAAAAGAUUGAAGAACUUAACUCGAUGAUUUCAAACUUGCAAUCGGAAGUAACCCAAUCAAAAUCUUCAAUUUCUUCACUCAAAGUUGAAAACAAGCUUUUGUCCACAAAAUUAAAUGGAACUGAAGAAAGAUUGAAGAGAGAAAUCUCCAUUGCUGAGAGCCAGUACAAAGUUAAGGUAAUGUCGAUCGAAACAGAGUACCAAUCCCAGCUCGAUAAACAGAAAUCACAGCUUGAAAAGCAAAUCCAAGAUUUUAUCGAUUUCAUAUGCGAAAAAUUCAAUGAAAACAUCACAGAAAACAUGACAAUUGAGUCAGCAGAAGAAUUAUUGGCCACUGUUGAUGUUAAACUCAGAAACACAAUUAACAUACAGCAUGAAUUAGAUGAUGCAAAUCGUCAAUUACUUACAAUAAGAAAAUUAUUUAAUGCUGCUAAAAGUGAUACAAUUAUUGGUGUUGUUCAGAGCCAAAUUGAGAAAUAUGAAAGUCUUAAACGUGCACAUGAUGAUGUUGUAGCUAAGAACAAAGCAAUGAAGAGAGAUGUUAUCGAAGCAAGAGCUCUAGGAGACACAAAUAGACAGAAUAAAGAAUGGGAAGAAUGGGCAAGAAAAUUGGCUUCAAUUGUUACAGGAGGAUGCUCUGGAUAUCAAUCUCCAAAGAGCCUCAGAUUUGGUGUUGAAGAAGCUGUGCUUGCUGCUAUUGGAAAUAAGAAUGCUUGGAUGAGAUUAGAUAUAUUAAGAGCUGAAAAGAAGAUUCUAAAAUCUGGACAUAAUUUGGAAAAGAAAUCUUCACAGAAUUUCACUUCAACUCUUGCUGUUGUAAGAGCUGUAACAAGAUUACAGAAAUUGUCUGGACAUGCACAGUCUUAUCUUGCAGUAGAUCUACCUCAAUGUGCAUCAAAAUCACAGUCAAAUACAAAGGAAUCUGAAAAGAAACCUCUUUUCAAUUCAAUUUGA